AUGGGUGUGGAGUGUGUUAAAACGUGCGUGAUUCACGCGUCAGAAAUGAUGGCUAGUUACGAUAAGGACCGUGUGAUUGUACUCCUUAGGGAGCAUAUUGAUUUUGAGAGACUCUCUGCCAUUCAGUUUUGCCCUAGGGGCUUGAUUCGUAUCACUUUCAAGAAUGCCUCGGACAAAGAGGAUUUUACACGUAUGGGUUCAUUAGCGUUGGACGGGCACGAUCUGAGUGUGACGUCUUCUGACAAGCCGCCGUCUUUGGUGUAUGUACACUAUUUUCCUGCCGAGGGUGACGAUGCUCUGAUCCGUGAUGAGUUAAGUAAGUAUGGAGAAGUUAUCGGUAUUAAGCAUCAGAACUUUUUCGGGAAUUCCGGGCCUUCUAACCGGGUCACGGAUUCUUACGAUGAUAUUGUCGGAUCCAGUUCCUGCUGA